UACUGAAACAGCAGCAGCAGCAGCCUGACAGAGAGGGAGAGGGGAGCAGAAGGACAGGGCUGGACAAAUGCAAAGUCAAAACAGGGAUUACAAAACAGGCAUUGAUUUGAAUUGAGCCGCGUCCCUCCAUCCCCUAUUUAUAUUCAUCUGUAGCAUUUCUGUGGCUGUGCUCUGACAAGCAAUUGAGAGAGAGAGAGAGAGAGAGAGAGAGAAAGCAUUGCCUGUGGAUUGGUGCUUUCAUCCUUCUUGCCUCCUCACUGAUGGUUUUAAAUGGGUCCAUGCAGGAGGGAUGCUCGGGGCUAGCGUGAAAGGCAGAGAAGAGGACCUGAAGACUGAUCUCGCAGAGGGCGCCAAGGUGUACAGCCAGGCGGAGGGCAAAGGAUCCGGCAUGGCAGCCAAGAGGGGCAAGCCCGGGGUCCCGCAGGGGGGCACCCCGCGGGGCGAGCUGCGGGUGUUCCGCGCGGGCAGCUCCGAGGGCCGCCUGCCCGUGCCCUCCAACCUCCGCAAGCAGAAGUCCCUGACUAACCUUGCCGUGCUCACAGACGCCGAGAAGAAAAUGCAGCUCUACCAGCCCGAGUGGCGCGACGACAUGGGCAAGCCCGGCACGGGGUCCCUCAAGGCUGGAAAGAGCAAGCCCGCCACGGGCGGAGGGGCGGCCCCGCUCUCGCGCAACCUCUCCAAGUCGGAGCACUCCCUCUUCCAGGGCAAGCCGCGGCCCUUCAGCCCCCUGGCUGCCCCCGCCGCCUUGGGCAAGCAGAGCCGUAUCCCCCGUGGGCCGUACGCGGAGGUCAAGCCGCUGAGCAAAGCCCCCGAUGACGGCAAGUCGGACGACGAGAUCCUGUCAGGCAAGGCCAAGGCGGAGGGCAAGCCAAAGCAGCAGGUGGGCGGGCCUGGGGAGCAGGGAGCCAAGGGCCAGGGCGCCGAUGGGGACAAGCCCUUCCUAAAAGUGGACCCCGAGCUGGUGGUGACGGUGCUCGGAGACCUGGAGCAGCUUCUUUUCAGCCAGAUGCUGGACCCAGAAUCCCAGAGAAAACGCACUGUGCAGAAUGUCCUGGAUCUCAGACAGAACCUGGAAGAUACCAUGUCCAGUCUGCGGGGGUCACAGCUCAGCCACAGCUGUCUGGAGACCAGCGUGUGCUACGACAGCGAUGAGACCAACGCCCGCAGCAUGUCCAGCAUGUCCAACCGCUCGUCCCCCCUCUCCUGGCGCUACGGCCAGUCCAGCCCCCGCCUGCAGGCGGGUGAUGCCCCUUCCUCCACGGGCGGGCAGGGGGCAGCCCAGUACGCCUCCCACACCAUGCCCGCGCGCAGUUCCGGCCGCCUCAGUCAGGUCUCCCGUGUGGAGCUUGUCGAGAGCCUGGACACCGACGACACCGAGCUCAAGUCGGGCUACCUGAGCGACAGCGACGUCCUGAGCAAGAGUCUGAACGAGGACGAGGACGACGACCUGGGGAACGGCUGGGACGAGAGCAGCUCCAUCAGCAGCGGCCUAAGUGACGGCUCGGACAACCUCAGCUCAGAGGACUUCAACGCCAGCUCCUCCCUCAACUCUCUGCCCACCACGCCCAGUGCGCUGCGCACGGAUGCCGAGAAGCGCUCCCUGGCUGAGAGCGGCCUGUCCUGGUACAGCGAGGAUGGCAGGCCCCACCGUAAGACGGAGGGGGGCGGGUACGACACGGGCAGCCUGAAGACGGACUCCUCGAGCAAGUGGAGGAAGUCCCGCCCUCAGGAGGGUGGUGGUGAUGACGCAGCUGGAAAGGCAGAGCUGAAGAAGCCGCAGAGCCUAGGGCAACCGGGCACCUUCAAAAAGAGCCGCAACCCCCCUGUAGGCGUCACCUCGCCCAUCACCCACACCUCCCAGAGCCUGCUGAAAGUGGCAGCACAAAAGAGCGACCAGAAGCCAGUGGACAAGAGCCGGGUGGCGGUGAAAGCUUCGGGCCUUCAGCGCUCCUGCUCAGAUGCUGGGAGGGACAGAGGCAAGCCCCCUUCGGGCCUCGUCCGGCCCACCACCGGAGGCUCCUUCGGCUACAAAAAGCCACCCCCUGCCACCGGCACAGCCACGGUGAUGACGGCAGGAGGCGCCACCAUCUCCAGCGGUUCUGCCACCGUUGGCAAGACUCCCAAGUCGUCCAGCAUCCCCGUGAAGCCGUUGAGUGCAGGAGGCAGUGGUGGAGGGGGAGUGGGAGGGGGAGGGCGGAAGAACAGCCUGGACGUUUCCAACCUCGAGCAAGGCUUCCUCUCCCCCAACGCCCGCAGCAGCAUCCAGUACCGCAGCCUUCCCCGCCCCGCCAAGUCCAGCGCCAUGAGCCUCACCAGCCGGCCCGCCAGCCGGCCCGUCAGCAGCAACAUCGACGCCGCCCUGCUCAGCCUCAAGCCCGCCCCCACCCCCAGCCCCGCCCUCAGCCCCACCCCCGGCAGCAGCGGCAGGCUGAAAGAGCCCUCCAGCAGCAAGGCCAACCGUGCCAGCGUGGGCCCGGUCAACCAGACCGACCGUGAGAAGGAGAAGGCCAAGGCCAAGGCCGUGGCGUCUGACUCUGAGUACGGACCCCUGAAGCCCCCCCUCACCCCCGGGGAGGCCAGCUCCAAACUACAGGGCCUGCGCCAGUCUAGUGGGAGCAAGUACUCAGACCUGUCCUCGCCCAUCACUCACAGGGCGUUUGGCAGCAAGUCUCUGGGGCGGCCGCCCAGCCUGGCUCACUUAGACAAGGUGAGCUCCAACAGCCUGGACUCCUGCUUGGGCCUCCAAGAUCUCCCGCCCAAAGUGCCCCCCUACUCCAAGCUCCAGGACCUGGCGGGGUCAAGCGCCACCCCCCGCCUGACGCCCAGCCCCGCGCCUGUCCUCCACAUCGACUCCCCGGACUGCUUUUCCGGCUCUCCCCUGCUCUACCCGAGGCUGGCGGGGCUCCACCGCAGCAUGGAGUCCCUGCCCCUCCACCUCAGCCUGCCGCCAGGCCCCGGGGAGCGUGAGGAGGAGAGGGGCAGGGGGACCUGGGGAGCAGGCAGCAGGGCCUCCAUCACACUCCCAGACAGUUCACAAAGGGAUCGGAACACCCUACCCAAGAAAGGAUUGAGCCGUUACGGUCAAUCUGAUGAGGAAGUUAAGGAAGGGAAGGAGAGGAGACACUCCCACACCAUUGUCAGCCUGACAGAGUCAGAGAGCCCUCCACAACUGCCCUCGCCCACCUCUGUCUCGCUCUCUUCGGGCAAGGCCCCUCCCACCAAUGUUGUGGCCCCCACCCCUAAUGGAGGCAGCGCUCCGCGGAUCAUGCGCUCCAACAGCAUCCCCACCCACGACUCCGCCUUUGAGCUCUACGGCACCUCCCCUCUCGGCAGCAGCCUCUCGCUGGCCGACCGGCCAAAGAGCAUGAUUCGGUCCGGAUCCUUCCGCGAGCCCGGGGAUGACGUCCACGGCUCUGUCCUCUCUCUGGCAUCCAGCGCUUCAUCAAACUAUUCCUCGGCUGAAGAGAGAAUGCAGGGAGAGCAAAUCCGUAAACUGAGAUGGGAGCUGGAGACGUCCCAGGAGAAGGUGGCCAACCUGACCUCCCAACUGUCUGAAAAUGCCAACCUCGUAGCUGCAUUUGAGCAGAGCCUGGCCCUCAUGACGUCACGGCUGCAAACACUUUCUGUCAGUGCUGAGCAGAAGGACACUGAGCUGUUGGAUCUGAGAGAGACCAUUGAGGUGCUGAAGGCCAAGAACACAGAGGCACAGGUCAUCAUCCAGGGAGCACUUAACAACCCUGACAUUGCUCCCAAAGAGCUGCGGAUUAAGCGUCAGAACUCCUCUGAGAGCAUCGCGAGCCUCAACAGCAUCACCAGCCACUCCAGUGUGGGCAGCUGCAAGGAUGCUGAUGCCAAGAAGAAGAAAAAGAAGAGCUGGUUGAGGAGUUCGUUCAACAAGGCCUUCAGCAUUAAGAAGGGUCCAAAGUCAGCCAACUCAUACUCGGACAUUGAGGAGAUCGCUACACCCGACUCCUCUGCCCCCUCCUCCCCCAAACUGCCCCACGAAGGAGGGGAAAACCCUCCCUCAUCCCUCAGGUCCUCCACCUCCGUCGCCUCUGCUUUGAUUUUCGAGGGCAAUGAGGAGCCAGAGAGUGACGAGAAGGUGGUGUCAGACCUGCGUUCCGAACUGUGGGAGAAGGAGAGGAAGCUGACAGACAUCCGGUUGGAGGCCCUGAGCUCCGCCCACCAGUUGGAGCAGCUUCAGGAAGCCAUGAACAACAUGCAGAUGACUGUGGAGAACCUGAAAGCAGAGAAUGAUCAGCUGAAGACCGGUGCCCCCACCCCUGGCCCUCCCACCUCCAGCUCCCAGCCACCAGGGCUGACACCAUCGCUGGCGUCAUCACCACGGCUGUCAGCAGCCAUGUCCCUCACCAAGUCUUUCACUCUGAGUCUCAGCGAGGGCAAGGACCCAGAUGUCACCCCAAUAGACUCUGUGAGCCUGCCCGUCCGCAAAGAUGAUGUCCGUCUCCGAGUGGUGGUCCGCUUACCUGACCAACGGGUUUUCAAAGAUGAGGUGAAACAGCUAGAGUUCUUCAUUGGAUGGGUGUGGAUCAAUCCAAGAACAGACUGGGUGGGGCUGGACACAGCUAUCACCCAGGAUUUCAAGGAUUAUAUAGCCAAGGUGGAUCCCACCUCAAGCCUGGGACUAUCCACAGAAUCCAUCUACUGUUACCACAUCAACCACAUCAAGAGGGUGCUGGGGGGUGAGGCCCCUGAAACCAUGCCCUCCCGCUGCACGGGCAAGAGCCCCUGCUCUAUCGCCGUGGCCCUGAAAGGCCUGAGGGAGAAGUGUGUGGACAGCCUGGUGUUUGAGACACUCAUUCCGAAGCCCAUGAUGCAGCACUACAUCAGCCUGCUGCUUAAGCACCGCCGGCUUGUCCUCACGGGUCCCAGUGGCACGGGCAAGACCUACCUCACCUCCCGGCUGGCCGAAUACCUGGUGGAGCGUAGCGGCCGUGAGGUCACCCCGGGAGUGGCCAUCACUUACAACAUGCACCGCCAGUCCUGUAAGGAUCUUCAGCUGUACUUGUCUAACCUGGCCAAUCAGAUUGAUCGAGAGACCAGCACAGGAGACAUACCAUUGGUUAUCAUAUUGGAUGACCUUAGUGAUGCGGCAGCCAUCAGCGAGCUAGUCAACGGUGCCCUGACCUGCAAGUAUCACAAAUGUCCUUAUAUAAUUGGAACAACCAACCAGCCUGUGAAGAUGACUCCCAACCAUGGCCUGCACCUCAGCUUCAGGAUGGUGACCUUUUCCAACAAUGUGGAACCUGCCAACGGCUUUCUGGUGCGCUACCUGCACAGGAAGCUAAUGGAGGCAGAGAAGGAGGGUAGCACAAGCAACGAAGAGCUGCUGAGGGUGCUGGACUGGGUGCCUAAGCUCUGGUACCAUCUACACACCUUCCUGGAGAAGCACAGUACCUCGGACUUCCUCAUUGGGCCCUGCUUCUUCCUGUCCUGCCCAGUCACCGUGGAGGAGUUCCGUUCCUGGUUCAUAGACCUGUGGAACCACUCUAUCAUCCCCUACUUGCAGGAGGGUGCCAAGGAUGGCAUAAAGGUCCACGGUCAGAAGGCAGCAUGGGAGGACCCAGUGGAGUGGGUUAGGGGCACUCUGCCCUGGCCCUCUGCUCAGCAAGACCAGGCCAAGCUCUACCACCUGCCCCCUCCCAGCAUGGGCCCUGGCAGCCCGGGACAACCUAGUGAGGAGAGGCCCGCUAAGGAGACUCCACCCAGCUCCAUGGAGUCUGACCCACUUAUGGCUAUGCUGUUGAAGCUGCAGGAGGCAGCCAAUUACAUUGAAUCUCCUGACAGAGAAACAGUGGUGGACCCCAAUCUCAAGCCUACCCUUUGAGCUCCAUAAGCAACUGAGCACUUUGGAUCUAUUGAAAUACUAUUUAUGAAUCUUUCAGUUUUGGGGUUUGAAGUGUGGUAUUAUGUGGUUUUUGUAGAGACAAGAGCUUAUAUAGUUUGAGCUGUACCUCAAAAAGGUACUGUUUAAAAGAAACUACACCUAUAAAUUCAAAGGUACAACAACAAAAUAUUUUUACUAUCAUCUCUAAUUAUUUAAUCUACAGAUGCAUGGCUAUCAUGGCAACAGAUUUAAAACUAAUAAACUUCAUUUUUUGUUAGUUUUAUUCAUUUUCUUAAGAAAUAUUUCAUCAGAAAUCAUAUUUGCAUAAUGACACUUAAUUCAGUAAUUAGGAAACCAGUUCUGCUCCACUGCUACCCUGAAUACCACUCAAGGAAACAGGUACUCCGUGGUGAAGAGACAGUAUUUGUACAUCUUAUUAGCUGUCACAGCUUGUAGGUGGAGACAACAGCACAGAAAUGACAAAAGCACAUUCUUGUUUAUUGUAAGGGCAAAUUUGAUUGCCACGUUCCCAUGACUUGCCAACUAUAAUGUGAUUACCUGAGUGGCUAUGGUCAAUUUUAUCUGAUGUGUCUAAGAUCUAGAUUGAUUGUGCUUUCAAUUGUGUGAAUAAGUCAGCAGGAGUAUAAACAGCAUAUGUUAUAUUGCAGGCUUCUGAGCGAUGGUGUGACGAUGUGUUCUUUACACUUGUCUUGUGUGGUCCAGUAGUCUGAACUGUAAAGCCCAAACAUAUGCAAUUUUGAAUUAAUGCACGUUAUGACACCUGGUGCUUAGACAAACGCCUUAAUAUUUCAUGAGGUUUAAUGACAUCAAAAUGCUAUGCUGUUAUUAUCUGAGGCAUAAUCUAUCAGCUAUGGAGUUCAUAUUGCCUGCAGUUUGCAGGAUGAUAUGGAAGAAACUAGUAAUUAGUUUUGACUUGCUGUUCUCAUUGUUAAAAACUUACCUGAUUUCAGCCUAGAUGCACUUUAACUAAGUUUCUGUCCAUUCUAUUUUUUAGCCUUUGUUUUGUUGAUAAGUUAAUCUGGCAGGAUAUGAGAGCUACAUUCACAGACAGACUUGAAAAAGUCUGUUAACAAAAAGGACUGUUCAUUCCCUCACCCUGUAGGGGGCAAUAUACAAGCCUUCACCUGCAGAUGUUGUUCUCAGCUUUUCUGUGGUCAUAGUAUUAAUUCUCACUAGUUGAUGCAAUAUACCAUUGUCUGUGAACUCACUUCUCCUCACCAAUGGUACAUAGCACAGCUAAUAAAAAUACACGUUUCUACUAAUUCCAAAGGUUUAAUUGUAAACU